UAUAUCGCAGCAGCAGCCGCAGCAUGCUCAAGCUCAGCCUCAUUGUCUGGCUGCUGUGCUCGCUCACGUGGCGCACCACGCCCACCAGCUGUCGCCAGACGCGGCCAGCUCCCAGCAUCCAAGAGCUGCUCGCCACUCAGCUGCAGAGCUACAUGGACACCAAGGCGCGACCGUGCGAGAAUUUCUAUCAGUAUGCCUGCGGCAAUUGGCAGCUGCAUCAGCAAGCACCGCAAGACAACAAGGAGGAGCAACCAGCAGUCGGACAGCAGCAGCAUCAGCAGCAACCGCAAAGGGAUCAACGGGAGGCACAGCAGGAUUCACAACUGCAGCCAAGUGACACGCUCGCUGUGCUGGAUUACUCGCUAAAUCGUCAGCUUGAACUGUUGCUGCGACGUGGCAAUGCGGCUGGCAAUGAGAGCAGCGCCGAGGAGCAGCAAUUGCUGCCGGAACUACACGAGAAGAUGCGCAGCUAUUAUCGCGCCUGCAAGCGAUUGAAGCCCUACAAUCUGAAAAAGUAUCUGCAGCUGCUGCCGCCGAGCAACGGCAACCACUGGCCGCUGUUGAGUCGGAGCUGGCAGCCGGAAAAGUUCAACUGGCUGGCUACAAUUGGCAGACUUCGUUUGUAUGGCUUGAAUGGUGUGCUGCUAAAGGAGCAGGUGCUGCCGCGCUGGGACGAUGCCGGGAGCUACAGUUUGUACCUGGACAAGCCCGGUUUGGUGGAGACAGCGCCCAUGGGCGAGGGUGCCAUGAUCGAGCUGCUGUUGGACAUUGGCCAAACAAAGCGGGUGGCCAAUGAGCUGGCCCGCCAGGUGGACAGCUUUGAGAGGCAGCUGCAUCGACUGCAGGAACUGGAGGACGACGAGGGGGCCAAGGAGAUGCAGUUGGGCUAUCUGGCCGAGGAUUUGCCGCAGCUGCAGUGGCUCAACUACAUGCAGCAAUUGCUUGGCCACGACUUGGAUCUGCGCUCCACGCUCAUCAUACAGAAUGUGCCGUACUUGCGGGCGCUGGACAAGCUGCUGCAACGUCAGAAGCCGGAGACGCUGUGCAACUACAUCAUGCUGAAGCUGCUUGCAUUCCUGAAGCAGCAAGGUCCAGCGGAGAUAUCGCGAGUCGAGUGCAUUGCCAGCUUGAGACGCGCCAUGCCGUUGGCUGCCAGCUGGCUAAUUGGACAGAGAUUCCAUGAUCCGAGCAACGAGGCGAUCGUGAGUGAUCUAUUCAGUCGUCUGAAGCUGCGUUUUGGCCAGCUGCUUGCCGAGAAUCGUCUGCAAUUGCAGCCACUGAUUGUGCAGGUGUUGCGAGAGAAGUUGCAAGCCAUGCGACUGCAGCUGGGCUUUGUGCAGUUGAAUGAUUCCGACCAGGUGGAGAAUUACUACGAGCGAGUGCAGCUCAGUGCCCACAAUUUCUACGGCAAUCAGCUAGCUUUGCUGCGACUGCGCGUCGAACAGAAUCACGAGUUGCUGCUUCGGGAGAACAACUGCUCGCUGUCGGAUCUUAGCUAUCUGAUGGAGUUGUGGCAGAGCAGCAGCUCGUCGCCGUUCUAUGUGAAGCCGAGGAAUCUGGUGAUGCUGCCGUACGGCCUGCUGCAACUGCCCGUGUGGCACCGCAACAUGAGCGAACUGCAGCAGCACGCGAUGCUUGGCUUUGCUUUGGCCCACGAGCUGUUGCACGGCUUCGAUAGCUCUGGCAUUGAGUACGACAGCGUGGGCAACAUUAUGGGACCCAGCGAGGAGAUUUCUAGCAACUCGCGCUUCGCACAGAGCCUAAAUUGCAUGCAACAGCAACUUGCCACAGGGUCCAGGUCACUCAACGAGAAGCUGGCCGACUACGAGGCGCUGCGUGUGGUGUAUGAGACGUUUUUUGGGGCAGACAUGCUGGUGGAUCGCAAGGAGCCAAGAGAUCCGCUGCUGCCGCAGUUCAGUCAACGGCAGCGCUUCUUCAUUAGCUUCGCGCAGUUCUUUUGCGGCAAGUUGCAGAGCCUCAGCCUGCAGGCAUCGCAGCAUCUGGAGCACGCUGUUGAUGAGUUACGGGUGCUGCAAACCUUGGCCAACUACGAGGAGUUUUCGCGUGAAUUCGGCUGCGAGCGACGCACCAAAAUGCAGGCGAAACAAAAGUGCAAAGUCUGGUGA